UUAAAGGCUAUGUUGCAGGUUUUUUUUUUUUUCUUUUCUGGCAAUUUUCUAGUUCGUAAUAAACAUUUAAACAGUUAUCCAUUGUAUUUGAUGUUGUAGGGUAUUACAAAAAAGAAAUAUAAUAAGGAAAAGUAGGUGAUAUCUUAGCGGUUAGCUACAGGUUAGCAAUGAAUCUUGUUUCUCCCACAAUGCAUUGCAUGACGUCACAUGAGGUACUCGCUUUUGGACGACAAACGAAAGCCCGCCUUAAUACCAUUGAGAGAGUGAGACGAGUAGUGAGAGUAGUAGCUAGUGAAAGAUAUCGAUAGAUUGAUAGAUAAAUAGAUAGAUACAUAGAUACAUAUCAUAGCAUAGCAUAAAUAUAUAAUCAGAGAUAGCAUAGCAUAACAGAUAGCUUAGAGAAAGAGUAGAGAAUAAAUAGACAACAUGGUUUAUUACUGUGUUUGUGGCGGGUGCAAGAACUCCAGCAAAACUGGACAUAGGGUCCAUUGUUUCCCCAAGGACAAAGGGAUCUUCCGAAGCUGGGUGCAAUUUGUCAAGAUUAGGCGGGCAGAUUUUUCAGCUAGCUCUGUCACCGCCUACUCGAGAAUAUGCAGCGCGCAUUUCAAGGAGGAAGAUUACCACUCAGGGGAUGCCAAGAUGGUCGCACUUUCUUUAAAAAGUAUGAGGAUGGCUAAGUUAAUUCCUACCGCCGUGCCGUCUGUGAAUGCAAACCUCUCUGCUUGUCCUGUGCCGAGGUCGAGAGACACCGUCUGCCGCAAGCGAUAUAUUGCCACGAUGAUGACAGAUACCUCACAGCAGGAGACCGUGGACAGUGUAGACACUGUGGAGAGUGUCGAUACUGGCGAUCAGCCCUUGCCCUCCUCCACUUCUGACGCUGUGACACAGUGUUAUUUGAACCCCCCCCCGAUGGUCUCGCGCUGUGCAGGUUAACCUGAAGCCCAAGAUGGUCAGCGUGGGUACACAGACAUCUUUCAGCCCACAAACCUCCACUCCCCUCGCUAGUCCUGAACAGACAGAUGAUGAAGAUGAUGAUAAUGCCUCUGUCGUUAGUGACUUAUCGUGGGUGCCCGAAGAGCCGAUGCAUGAGGAGGACUUGUUUGAUGAGGAGCCACCUUACGCGUGUGACCCCCACCACAAUGGCAUUGACAAAUUCAUUGUUUGCCAGGAGGAGCUGAUGGGCCUUUUUGCCAUCUGUCCGGCCUGUUGUGAGAGGUCAGAUAGUAGCAUCGUGCAGCAGGAAGGAACUUUUGUUAAGAUCAAGCAGGUCUGUGCAUCAUGUGGCUACCACCGUUUCUGGCAAAACCAACCAAUGCUCCACAGGAACAUGCCGACCUGCAACCUCCUGUUAAGUGGGGCCAUUCAUUUCACUGGAUGUUUGGCCACCCAGACAUUAAGAAUGUUGACUCUGUUUGGCCUGCAGUGCAUCAGUGCGAGCAGUUUCUUUCGCCAUCAGCGCCGCUACACUAUCCCUGUAAUCGUUCAGGCCUGGCAAAAUGAUCAAGCAAAGAAUUUUAGUGACCUACGGGCAAUGGAUGGUGGGCUAGUUCUUGCUGGUGACUGCAGGUCAGAUUCUCCUGGGCACUGCGCGAAGUAUGGAUCCUACUCUCUGAUAGAGGACAGAGUGAACAAGGUGGUGGAUGUUCAGCUUGUUCAGAGCUCAGAGGUCCCCAACAGCUCAUGGUGUGAGCUUGAAGGGCUCAAGCGCAGUGUUGACCUGCUGAGGGGAAAGGACCUGCAUUUGGCAACGCUGAUCACGGACCGUCAUCGCCAGGUUGCCAAAUGGGUGAGAGAGGAGCUGAGCCCUGAAGGGACACAGCAUUAUUUUGAUGUGUGGCACAUUGCCAAAAGUCUGGGGAAGGCAUUGGAUGCAGCUUCAAAAGAGUGUGACCAACUACAGUUGUGGAGGCCUGCUAUAGUGAAUCACCUCUAUUGGACUGCAGCCUCAACCCCAGAUGGCAACCCAGCGGUCAUGGAGGCCAAAUGGAGAAGUUUAGUCAACCACAUCCAGGACAUUCAUGACCAUGACACCCCUGCCUUCUCCAGUUGUGCCCAUGGCCCUCUAGACGGGGAUCAGCGCAACAAAGAGUGGUUGGACCCAGGCUCAUUGGCAGCAGUAAAGUUGGAGAACAUAAUCAUGAGGACUGCCUUACUGAAAGAUGUUCGACAGCUGUCUCCACAGCACCAGACCUUCUCCCUUGAGGCUUACCACUCCCUCAUCUUGCACUUCGCGCCCAAGCACACAGGGUUUUCAUACCUUGGGAUGUAUAGCAGGCUUCUCUUAGCGGCGCUGCAUUAUAAUCAGAAUGCCAACCGUGAGACAGCACGGAGAAGUGAUGGGACGGAGAAGUACUGCGUGCGGUAUCCGCGCUUCAGAAAAGGUGCCCAUGUGGUGCUUCCCAUCAAAGAGGCAGCCUCAUUAGUUAUGCAACAUCAUUAAUGAAGGCCCUUCGGGAAAGCUACACUAAUUCACCUGCAGCUCUUCGAGAGACAAGUCCAAUGAUUUAGUUGUAAGUAUUUAUUUUAGUUAGUUAUCUUCUUUCCCUCUGUCCAUGUCAUCUAAUUUGGUGGUGGUUUCCUGCAUGCUGCAUGGUUUGUUUUUUCUUUGUGUGCUGUUGCUUUGGUUUUACUUUGCACAAAAUUAUUACUUUUUUCCAUCUUUGUAAGUGGCAAUAAUUGUCGCUGUACCCCAUUCAAGGGGUCCUGCAUGUCGCAUGUCUGCUCCUCUGCCUGUUAUUUGCAUGAAAUUUGUUGUAUGUAAUUCAAAAUAAUUUACCAAUCAUUUUACCUGUGCCUUGUCAACCUCUGUGUGCGGUGUUGUCUGGGCUCACUGUGUGUCUGCUUGAUGUGCUUUUGCGUGUGUGUGUGUGAGAGAAACAAAAGAAACUGUGCAAACGUUUCAGGUCAGUAAUCUUCGUCCUUGUUCAGUAAAUGUUCAGUAACCAUUAAAAGCAAUGCCAAUAAACUGUGUUUUCUUAUCAAAA